AUGGAAAAUAAUCGCAUUGUUCAUGAAUACAAUACGUGGUGAGUACCGUAAAACGGACAAAUAUGUAUCAGGUUAAACACCCCCUUGAUCAAUGGCGUCGCACUUCACCCGGUCCUUUAAAAUGCGGUUAACAAUGCCUUGAAUGAGAUUCUGAAAUGAUUCUUGAGAUAAUGCUACGACGAUGGUUAGGAUUUGGUGUUUAUUGAAAAGAAGGGCGAUGAUCAGAUUAAGUACUGUGCCUCUUUCCGAAGGAAGAAUUAAGCUGUUGAUUAGGACUCUACUCUGAAAUUGCACUUUAAAACCAAGGGUUGGGCAUUUUCCGGGGGUUCAAACGGCGGUCCUAACCAGCCCGAUGGAAUUUUAAGCAGGACAUGAGGCUUGUUCAGGGACAAUUAUUUCACGCGAGAAACAGGGGAAUAGGCUGCAUAGUUUGCUUGGAAACCGAUAAAGUUUAACACAGCCCCGAGCGCUUGCAGUGUCUUAUGAUGAGAUCCGCAAAACAGAAGACAUGCGAACCACUGAACCAGGUUCAAUGCUGCAAGUGUGGUUUAUCCUUUUACAAUACGCACACUUUAGUAAGUAACCUUCUAUUUGGAUAAAUAGCCAGCAGUUCCCUGGCAGGAAGUGCCUACUUGCUCCCGGAUACUUUAUAGCGUGGUUUUUGAAACAUUGAUUAGUCUCUUACCCGAAAUGGUAAAGGUAAAAAGUACCACAGCAAAAUCGUUUCCUGUUACACUCCCCGCCCCAACAGAUGUGCGAUUUCCGAAUGAAAUUUUGUCCGCAUACUUCCCGUAAACUUUCAUAUCGCUAACUGGGGAAGUUGUUUCCGUUAAAAGGGCUUUGAUGAGAAGUUUAGCGAAAUACGUUAGCGAGGUAAUCACAACUACGUUCACAGCGCAUCCGACGCGACCGCAUACCCGGUCGGAGAGGAAACUGGAUACAUGUUUGUGUUUUGAGGGUCUUCACUGCGCGUUGUCGAUGAGACGGUACAUCAACGGCCAUAAUUAUUCACAUCAGCUUGUCCAUGAACCUUAGGGACGUGUUUUCCUUCAGCACUUCCCACCACUGUCUACAGAAAACCUGAUGGCCAGGUAACUUCGGCUGUCAUUCCAUACUGAUGUUCAUGUAUCGUCUGAUCCUCCAUCUCCCUGAAUUACAGAUCAAGUCGUCCCUCCUACAUUUCGCCGAACGGUAAUCCUCGCUUGUACCGUCUCAAUAACACACAACCUGCUGUCUGAUGCCGUGAUUGGGAAGCCUUCCUGAAAGAAUUCUUGUCGGUCUAGAAUGUCAGAACAUGGCAAGCCAAGCUGAAGUUCGAAUGGGGAAAGGAGACAUCGGUCAAAUCUCCACGUUUCGACUACGUCGACUUCUAUCAGUGACCGACCACUAUCCGCUCCGUAAACUUUGGAACCACGUCCGAGUGUUGGCAUGUCUAUUCAAAUAACGUCCUUUAUCAGGGACUGCUACCUACAAAAUGGUGUCAGUGCGCGUCUGGUCGGUCAAAGGUAAUUAGUCAAAAUUGGAACUGAGGUGCUCGGUCAAGGCUAAGACACCUUCAUGGCUUCAUGCAGACUGUGCAUUCAAAGCGAUUGGUGGUCGUGAAGUAAGAGAGUCCAACCCCGUGGAUCGCGGAUAACUAAAUAAAUCCUCACAAGAAGGAAGUGAUCAAGUAGGCAAGAUACGAAUCUGCUGCAGUUUGCGUCCGUUAUAUUAAAUAACUUCUCGUCUGUGAGAGCACUGGUUAGUGUCAUGGGACACACCUGCGUCCACUGAGACAGAAGUGGCCAACUGGGAGGGAAGUGGUUUGAAUGUAAAACUACACAGAUAUCCUUAUCGCAUGUAUAAUGAAAAAUAGAAUUUUCUUGUAUUCCCAUCGGAGCCCCCCGCCUGAGGGGCCGAUGUUAGAAGAGCAAGCAGCUCACAUUCGGUAUUAAAAUGCACGAAAAACGAUAAUCUCGAAAGAUCCCAGUCUCCUACUUGAAAGAAGGUGCAUUUUCACGUAGAUGUGCCAGAAUGGAACUGAGAGAUGAGUUCAUAUACUUUGCUAACAUAGAUGAAACCUCAUUAUACAGAGCCAGUAAAAAGAGGAUGCGGUAGGCAAACGAACCUAACUGAACGGAACCACUACAUCUAAGGAUAAUCGGGUUUCCUUUUUGCACUGCCUCCGUAAAAGGAGGACCAUAGCUCUACCCCAAAAAAGCUCAAAAAGCGUGUUGGACGUUUACAGAUCGACAUGGGCCUUGGCUAUUACUCACAACAUUCGAAGAUGUUUAGGGGAAUGGAGCAUGCACAGGCAAAAGCACAAGCGCCAGGUGUUGCUCUCACGUCCAAACACACCCCGACCACCACCAUAACUAACCAUUUCCACGCCCGUCCCCUCUAGACGUGCUCCACCGCCCCACCCCGUAACGGCACAAACACAGACCCGCGAGCGCGCCAAGUGUGUUCGUGAUUGCCCAAGAUUUCCCGAGGCGGCUGUCGCCGGCGACAUUGCACUGGUGCCCCUGCUGCCGUCGUCAUGGCGGUGGUGGCCGUGGCGGCGGGGGCGGUGGCAGGGGCGGCUGCAUAAGCAGCUUUUGCAACGGCAGAAGCAGAUCGCAUCAGCGUCAUCACCGAGGCCAACCCUCUACGUCGCCUCUACCCACAUCCCUUCUCCAUCCCACGGUCUCGGCUUCGCCGCCGCCGCUGGCGGACCGACUGUCACCCGCAGCUUGCUGUUGUCUGUUCGGACCGGCGAUGGUGGGGCGAUGGCAGGCGCGGUGCGAGCGAUGAUGCUUGGCCGCGGCCACCACCAGCACACUCAGCGAACCCUCACACGCGCACCAGCCCCUCUCCCCUCUGUUGCUGGCCUGUGCCCGAGGUAGUGAUGCGUGUGUGCACGCACACACGCUGGUCAACAUCCUCCCCCGUCACUCCGACCUCUCCUCCCUCGUCUGGCGACAUGUAGCGACGACGACGACGGCAGCGGCAAGACGAAGCGGCAGCGGCGACGGUGGCGGGGGUUCGACGUCCACCGCCUCACUUUCUGCAAAUUCAUUCACCUUGCCAUUCGUGAGCUCUCACACCUUGCCUCUCCUGCGCCCCCACUGGCGAACCCACGCCAGUCUCGCACCCUCUCCCCCACCUUCUUGGCCUCUUCCAUAGCACCCUCAAGCAGCAUCAACUGGCCGGUCAUGAACAGGCUCGAGAACGGUGCUGUCGGGACUAAUGAGCUCCUAGCGGGCGUGCGCAAGCAGAAAAGCUACGGCCGGUCUCGAGUCAUGAGUGAGCAUCGACCGAGCGCCGUCUGUUUGCCGGUCUUUUCUUCUGAGCCACCACGGCAGUAG